AAUGGAGAGAACUGGAGGGUUGACAACUGUACCACUGCUACAUGCACCAAUGGCAAUGUCAAAGAGACACCUGAUCCUUGUCCCACAGUGGAACAACCCAUCUGUGCUAAUGGGCGUAAAGCUGUUCAGGUUAAUGAUAAAAACGGAUGCUGUUUCCACUAUGAAUGUGAAUGUGUGUGCAGUGGCUGGGGUGGAUCCCACUACAUGACAUUUGAUGGAACAUCAUACAGUUUCAACAUGAAAUGCUCUUACUACCUGGUUAAAGAGAUUAUUACCAAAUAUAACCUGGCUAUUAUAGUAAACAAUCAUGACUGUGAUCCUUCAGACAGCACAUUCUGUCCCCAGGAUCUCACAGUUAUAUACGGAUCCAAUAAGAUAGUUUUGACUCAGUUGAAGACUUCAAAUGGAACAACUAAUGUGGUAUAUGUGAAUGAGAAACGAAUCUAUCCAGCCUUCUGUGAUUCUACCAUGAGCAUUACUAGCACAGACAUGGUCAUCACAUUGGACAUACUGGAUAGUAACGUAAACGUGGUCUACAGGGGUGGCUCAUUCAGCAUCAGCCUUCCCUAUUCCCUCUUUGGUGGAAAAACUGAGGGACAGUGUGGUGAGUUAACAGACCACUAGGAUCUUAAUCCUAGCCCUACAUUUCAGUGCUAGCUACAACCAGAUGGAAC